CCGAGCCCAGGUGUCUGGGUGCUGGCUGGCCGCCUCCCUCCUGGCUUCAGGGGCAGUGAGAGCCCCCGGCAGCCCUGCAGGAUGGAGCCGACACCUGAGGAGCCCCUGGCCUCUGUGAGCAGCCUGGUGGCUGUGUUUGAGAACUGCAGGACUCCGGGAGCAGCGGCCAAAGCCCACACACCGGAGGACACAUAUCACCCCCCUGAGCCGGCCCUGGGGCCAUGGGGGUCACCCCACCUGGGGGAGGCCCUGGGGCCAGGCCCCAGGACGGUCAGCAGGCAGUACCUGAGCUCCCUGAAGAACAAGCUGUCCAGUGGGGCCUGGAGGAAGUCCUGCCAGCCCGCUGUGUGUCGCGGGCCAGGGGCGCAGGAGCCCGAGGAGAAGAGGAUCGUCCAGGAGCUGCUGGAAACGGAGCGGGCCUAUGUGGCAAGGCUGCACCUGCUGGACCAGGUGUUCUUCCGGGAGCUCCUGAGCGAGGCCCGCAGCAGCAAGGCCUUCCCCGAGGACGUGGUCAGGCUGGUCUUCUCCAACAUCUCCUCCAUCCACCAGUUCCAUGCCCAGUUCUUCCUCCCAGAGCUGCAGCGGCGCCUGGACAGCUGGGCGGCCACGCCUCGCAUCGGGGACGUGAUCCAGAAGCUGGCCCCGUUCCUGAAGAUGUACAGCGAGUACGUGAAGAACUUCGCGCGGGCCGCGGAGCUGCUGGCCGCCUGGACCGACAAGUGUCCCCCCUUCCAGGAGGUGAUCGCCCGCGUCCAGAGCAGCGAGGCCUCGGGCAGCCUGACCCUGCAGCACCACAUGCUGGAGCCGGUGCAGCGCAUUCCCCGCUACGAGCUGCUGCUCAGGGAAUACAUCCAGAAGCUUCCGGCCCAGGCCCCAGACCGGGCUGAUGCCCAGAAAGCCCUGGAGCUCAUCUUCUCGGCCGCUCAGCACUCGAACGCGGCCAUCACGGAGAUGGAGCGGCUGCAGGACCUGUGGGACGUGUACCAGCGCCUGGGCCUCGAGGCCAGCCUCGUGGACCCCUCCAACACGCUGCUCCGCGAGGGCCCCGUGUUCAAGAUCUCCUUCCGACGCAGCGACCCCAUGGAGCGCUACCUGUUCCUGUUCAACAACAUGCUCCUGUACUGUGUGCCCAGGGUCAUCCAGGUGGGUGCCCACUUCCAGGUGCGAACCCGCAUCGAUGUGGCUGGCAUGAAGGUGCGGGAGCUGAGCGACGCGGAGUUCCCACACGCGUUCCUGGUGUCGGGGAGGCAGCGCACACUGGAGCUGCAGGCCAGGUCCCAGGAGGAGAUGGUUUUCUGGAUUGAGGCCUGCCAGGCUGCCAUCGACCAGAUUGAGAAGCGGAAUGAAAGCUUCAAGGCCGUGGCGCAGGGCUGGGAGGGAGACGCAAAGGAGCGGGAGAGCGAGCAGCUGGGCCUGCGCGCCCCGCAGUGGAUCCGGGACAAGAUGGCCACCAUGUGCAUGCGCUGCCAGGAGCCCUUCAACGCCCUGACCCGCCGGCGCCACCACUGCCGGGCCUGCGGCUAUGUGGUGUGUGCCCGCUGCUCCGACUACCGCGCCCAGCUGAAAUACGACGGCAACAGGCCCAACCGGGUGUGCGCCUCCUGCUACGCCGUCCUCACCGGAAGCGUGUUCCCCGCGGACAAGGAGCGGAGGCCGGGCAUCCUGGAGAAGGGGGCCUCGGCGGGGCCUGAGCAGAGCGUGAUCUGCGGCUUCCUGCAGCUGAGCAGGGACAAGGGGAGGGGGCCCGGCCCCCGGGGCUGGUGUGUGAUCCCCCGGGACGACCCCCUGGUUCUCUACGUCUACGCCGCCCCGCAGGACAUGCGAGCCCACACCUCCAUCCCCCUGCUGGGCUACCAGGUGACUCCUGGGCCCCACGGGGACCCCCGCGGCUUCCAGCUGCAGCAGUCGGGCCAACUCUACACCUUCAGGGCCGAGACGGAGGAGCUGAGGAGCCACUGGGUGGAGGCCAUCGGGCGGGCGGCCAGUGGCUGGACCCCCGGGGAGCCCGAGGACGGGGACCUGUCAGACUGAGCCACGGCUAGCGGCCCCCUCCCCACCUCUUCCACGCGGAGAUCGAUCUGACCCUGCAGCCUCAGGCA